AUGUGGGGAAAGAUUGGUAUAAAUAAGGUUGCGAUGAUGAAAAAUGGAAUUAUAUUAAUAAGAUUUGAUAGUGAAGAAGGGAAAAAUGAAGCUGUCCAAGCUGGGGUCUAUCACUUUGACAACAAACCAUUUAUUGUCAAAGCAUGGUCACCAGACAUGGAAUUUACUAGAGAGGAAUUGCAAUCAGUGCCAAUCUGGAUUAAAUUGCCAGGAUUGGAUUUCAAAUAUUGGAGCCCUAGAGGAUUAAGUAAAAUAGGCAGUCUGAUUAGGAAACCAUUGAUGGUGGACAAACAGACAGAAAGGAAGGUGAGACUCAACUUUGCAAGAUUGUUAGUUGAAGUUAAAAUUGGAGAAGAAUUGCCAGAUGAGGUCCUGUUUAGAAAUGAAAAAAGGACUGUGGUAACGCAAAGAGUAACAUAUGAUUGGAGACCUUCGAUCUGUACUCAUUGUCAAAAUAUGGACCUGAGAGUGACAGGUGUAGGAGGAACAAAAAGCAAAAACUGUAACAAUGGUAGCACCUAG